AGGCGGGCGGGCGCUCGCUGGCUGGGUCCUCGCUGGCUCGUGCUCGUCCGCCGCCUCUCGCCGCCCGUGGGGAAGUCGGGGCCGCCAAAGGAGCGUCCACCGCCGCCUCGCCCCCGCCCUCCUCCCGGCUCGGCUGGUGGCCCUCGCGCCCUCCGAUCCCGAGUAACCCGCACAGGGAGCGGAGCGUCCCCGCGGCGGCGGCGGUGGCGGCGGCGCCGGCCAAACCAUGUUUAGGAGGAUCUUGCAGAGGACUCCUGGGAGAAUUGGCUCUCAAGGCUCCGAUUUAGAUUCAUCAGCAACUCCUAUAGAUGUCAACAAUGAAAGUUCCUCAGAGGGUUUCAUCUGCCCUUUGUGUAUGAAAAGAUGUGUAACUGCUAUUGACUUGUCGGAACAUUACCAGGAAGUUCACACUGGACACGAGGCGAGAGGACAGGAGCUUCUUAGUGACUCCACUGUGACUGGUUUUAUAUGUCCCCAGUGUAUGAAAUCUCUUGGCUCUGCCGAUGAACUUUUCAAACACUAUCAGGCAGUUCACGAUGCCGGUAAUGACUCGGGCCUUGGUGGAGAGGCCAAUCUUGCUUUGACACGAGAUGACAUAACACUACUCAGACAAGAGGUCCAAGACCUACAGGCCUCCCUGAAGGAAGAAAAAUGGUACUCAGAAGAAUUAAAGAAAGAAUUAGAAAAAUAUCAAGGGCUACAGCAGCAAGAGGCCAAACCUGAUGGAUUGGGGACUGAUUCAUCAGCAGAGCUACAGUCUUUAGAACAACAAUUAGAAGAAGCCCAAACAGAAAAUUUUAAUAUUAAGCAGAUGAAAGAUUUAUUUGAACAGAAAGCAGCCCAACUUGCUACUGAAAUUGCAGAUAUAAAGUCAAAAUAUGACGAGGAGAAGAGUCUCCGAGACGCUGCUGAGCAGAAGCUGACACGUGCGACAGAAGAGUUAAGCAAGCAGACAGCUGUCAUUCAAGAUCUGAAAACCGAGCUGCUUCAGAGACCUGGCAUAGAAGAUGUUGCUGUGCUAAAGAAAGAACUGGUCCAAGUCCAAACACUAAUGGAUAAUAUGACUUUGGAACGCGAGAGAGAAUCGGAAAAACUGAAAGAUGAAUGCAAAAAGUUACAAUCAGACUAUGCUAAUUCAGAGGCUACAAUAAACCAGCUAAGAACUGAACUUGCCAAAGGCCCCCAAGAAGUUGCAGUAUAUGUUCAGGAAAUACAAAAACUUAAAGGUUCACUUAAUGAAUUAACACAAAAAAACCAGAACUUGACUGAGAAGCUGGUGAAGAAAGAGGCGGACUACACGCACUUAGAGGAGAAGCACAGUGAAGAAUCAGCGAGUAGGAAGACUGUCCAGGCAGCCCUGCAUCAGAAGGACCUGGACUGUCAGCAGCUGCAGGCAAGGCUGGCUGCCUCUGAGGGCUCGCUGCAGAGGGUCCAGGCAGAGCUCAGUGAGAGGGCAGAGGCUGCUCAGAAGCUCAAAGAGGAGCUGCGGGAAGUGGAGAGCAAGCAGCAGCAUCUCAAGGCGGAGUGUAAGCAGCUGCAGCAGCAGCGUGAAGAGAAGGAGCAGCAUGGGCUGCAGCUGCAAGGGGAAGUCAGUCAGUUACAUAGCCGACUUCUGGAGACGGAGCGCCAACUAGGGGAAGCGCAUGGCAGGCUGAAGGAACAGAGGCAGCUCUCAAGUGAAAAGCUGAUGGAUAAAGAACAGCAAGUGGCUGACUUACAGCUCAAGCUCUCUCGGUUAGAAGAGCAGUUGAAGGAAAAGGUAACAAAUUCCACCGAACUGCAGCAUCAGUUAGAAAAAUCAAAGCAGCAGCAUCAAGAGCAGCAAGCUCUUCAGCAAAGCACCACAGCCAAACUCCGAGAAGCUCAGAAUGAUUUGGAACAAGUGUUACGUCAGAUUGGUGAUAAGGACCAAAAGAUCCAGAACCUUGAAGCUUUACUGCAGAAGAGUAAAGAAAAUAUUUCCCUGCUGGAAAAGGAAAGAGAGGAUCUUUAUGCAAAAAUCCAAGCUGGCGAAGGAGAGACUGCCGUUCUUAAUCAGUUGCAAGAGAAAAACCACACUCUCCAACAGCAGUUGGCUCAGCUCGUGGAGAAGCUGAAGAAUCAGUCGGAAAGCCACAAACAGGCCGAGGAGAACUUGCAUGACCAGGUCCAGGAGCAGAAGGCACAUCUCCGGGCUGCACAAGACCGCGUUCUUUCCCUGGAAGCCAGCAUCAAUGAACUAAGCAGUCAGCUAAAUGAAAGCAAGGAGAAGGUCUCUCAGCUUGACAUACAGAUUAAAGCCAAAACUGAAUUAUUGCUGUCGGCAGAAGCCGCAAAAACCGCGCAGAGAGCUGAUCUGCAGAAUCAUCUGGAUACAGCUCAAAAUGCAUUGCAAGACAAACAGCAGGAGUUGAAUAAGGCUGCUGUGCAGCUGGAUCAAGUCACGGCGAAGUUAGAGGAGAAGCAGGAGCACUGCAGUCAGCUGGAGAGCCGUCUAAAGGAGUACAAAGAGAAGAACCUCUCUUUAGAACAGAAGGCGGAAGACUUAGAAGGCCAAAUUAGGACGCUAGAAGCUGAUGCUCUUGAACUUAAAGCAAGCAAGGAGCAAGCUUUGCAGAGUCUACAGCAGCAGAGGCAGCUGAACACCGACCUGGAGCUCAGAACUGCAGAGCUGGGUAAACAGCUUGAAGAGGAGAAGGAAAUAGUGUCCAGUACAAAAUUGGAUCUGCAGAAUAAAUCUGAAGCCCUUGAAAAUAUUACACAAACUCUUACCAAGAAAGAGGAAGAAAAAGUGAUCUUGAAACAAGAAUUUGAAAAGUUAAGUCAAGAUGCUAAGAAACAGCACAAGGAGCUGAGUGACAAACUCCAGGCGGCAGGCUCAGAACUGAAAGCGGUGGAGGCCCAGAAAGCAGCUCUGAUGGCGGAGCUUUCCACGGCGAAAGAAAAACUCGCACAGGCUUCUGACUCCUUAAAGAACUCCAAAAGUGAAUUUGAGAAAGAGAAUCAGAAAGGAAAAGCUGCUAUCUUGGAUUUGGAAAAGGUUUGUAAAGAAUUAAAGCAUCAACUUCAAGUCCAGACAGAAAGUACACUCAAGGAACAGAAUGAGCUGAAAAAGUCACUUGAAAAAGAGAAAGAGAUUUCUCAGCAGUCAAAGGUGGAGCUCAAUUCACUCAAGGAAGAAGUCACACGGGCUCAAAAUACAUUAAAACAAAAGGAAGAAGAAGAACAGCGGCUUCAGGGCAACAUCAAUCAGCUCAAGCAGUUGGCCGAACAGAAGAAAAAGCAAAUUGAAGCACUUCAAGGAGAAGUUAAAAAUGCUGUUUCACAAAAGACAGAGCUGGAGAACAAGCUGCAGCAGCAGUCCUCGCAGGCAGCCCAGGAGCGUGCAGCAGAGAGAGAAAAGCUGUUGGCAUUACAAAGCACCUAUGACAAAUGCCAGGCAAACCUGAAACAGCUUCAGUCUGAUUUCUACGGCAAGGAGUCUGAACUUCUAGCCACAAGGCAAGACCUUAAGUCUGUAGAAGAGAAGCUCUCUCUGGCACAAGAAGACUUGAUUUCAAACAGAAAUCAAAUUGGAAACCAAAAUAAAUCAAUUCAGGAACUGCAGGCUGCCAAAGCUGCUUUGGAGCAGGACUCAGCAAAGAAAGAGCAGCUAUUGAAGGAGCAGAGUAAAGCGCUGCAGGACGCCCAGAGGGAAAAGUCGGUAAAGGAAAAAGAACUAGUAAGUGAAAAGUCUAAGUUGGCAGAGAUGGAGGAAAUUAAAUGUAGACAAGAAAAAGAAAUCACUAAACUCAGUGAAGAACUCAAGUCCCACAAACAAGAAAGCAUGAAGGAAGUAUCAAACCUCAAGGAUGCCAAACAGCUUUUGAUUCAGCAGAAGCUAGAACUUCAAGGCAAAGUGGACUCGCUGAAGGCGGCCCUGGAGCAGGAGAAGGAAAGUCAGCGGCGGCUGCGAGAGCAGGUGAAGAAGGAGGGAGAGAGGCAGAAGGAGGAGUUUUCCGAGAAGGAAGCGAAGCUGCAUUCUGAAAUAAAAGAAAAGGAAGCAGGAAUGAAGAAACACGAGGAGAACGAGGCCAAGCUUACCAUGCAGGUCACAACAUUAAAUGAGAACUUGGGCACCGUGAAGAAGGAGUGGCAUUCCAGUCAACGGAGAGUCAGUGAGCUUGAGAAGCAAACGGACGACUUGCGGGGUGAAAUUGCUGUCUUAGAAGCGACGGUUCAGAAUAAUCAGGACGAAAGAAGAGCGCUGCUAGAAAGAUGCCUUAAAGGAGAAGGUGACAUAGAAAAGCUGCAGAGCAGAGUUCUGGAGCUGCAGAGGAAGCUGGAUAACACGACCGCAGCCGUGCAGGAGCUGGGCCGGGAGAACCAGUCCCUCCAGAUCAAACACACGCAAGCAUUGAACAGAAAGUGGGCAGAAGACAACGAAGUACAAAACUGCAUGGCCUGUGGGAAGUGCUUUUCCGUCACAGUGAGACGGCAUCACUGCCGACAGUGUGGAAAUAUCUUCUGCGCCGAGUGCUCAGCCAAAAAUGCCUUAACCCCUUCUUCGAAGAAGCCUGUCCGCGUGUGUGAUGCAUGUUUCAAUGACCUGCAAGGCUGACGAGCGACCCGGCUGCAGGAGUGCACACUAACGCUGGACUUGCAGUACAGUUGAUUUGGACUCUGGGUGCACAGCAGGCCAAAUGGGAAUGCGUAUAUUUUGGAAUGUUACCAGUAUCAAGUAAAACUCUAUUUUUGUGAGACUUUGGUUUUGAUUACUUUUCUCCAUUUAAUCCCCCAGACAGCUUUCAUGCCAAGGUCAGAAUUAGCCAAUGAAAUGUAAAUAAUCUUUGGAUGGAAAAUAGAAAUGUAUUUUUUUAAAUAUAAUUUAAUUAUUCACAAAUGAACACAAAAUCCUUAGUUUCUUCCUCUCAAAUUAUAUGUACAAAGUGUAUGGAUGGUUGGAUCAUUUGUUGUGCUUUCUGUUGCACAAUGACACAGUGACUUUAUUAUGUGUCCUCUUGGUGUUCACUCUGACAGGAGUGUAAGACCGUUUUCUCCUUCGUAGGUCUGUGGCUCAGUGAUGGUGUUACUUUAUACACUGAUUACUUGAGUGUCCUAAAUGCAGUUUAUGCUAAAAUGACGUGCUAACCAUGAAGUCAAGCAUCGUUUUUGUUUUGGCAGUAUUGAUUAAAUUCUCAAGUGGAUUUGAUGAACACCUUAUGUAAAAUUAAAUGGUUUAACUUUAUGGUACUUCUAGGGUUGUAUUUCUAAAACUAGAAUUAUUUUCAAUUUCUUUAUCUUAUUUUAGACACCCACACACUGUCCCCUAAAAUAUUGUAUAAAACUCUCCACCCUGAGCUGGAGGGUAACAGCACUGUGUGGUGGCCUGGUCUUGUUUCUGCUGGCGGAAAGUCUUCUGGAAUUAGCACACACUACAGCCUUACUUUGUUCUUCUAGCCUCUUCAUGAAGUUUGCUUUUCAAAUGAAUCUUCUGCCCCUUACCUGACUCAGUCUUGGUUAGUGUAGCUCAGCUUCAUUGUGACUGUGUAUGCAGUUUAGCCUUUUUAAAGAUGGGGCCGAUACUGCUAUUGUCCUGUCUGUGAAGACCCUGUAAAGUCCUGAGAACAGAUUAGAAUUCUUUACACUUUCUCUGACCAAUAGGAAGGAAAGACCACUUGAAGAGGUGGAAGGCCGACUUCAUGUUUCUGAUGAGGGCGCCGUGUUAACUGGGAAAUCUUUUAACUUUGCACAACCAGUGCUAAUGGAAUUAAUGACAUUACAGCUAAACAAGAGUGUGUAUAGCCCCGAAAUCCUAAACAAUGAUUAAAAUAGAAACAAGGUUGUUAGACCCCGUCAGGGUCAUCUGUCUGUCACUGUUGGACUGAGCUUUAGCUUCACCGUCCUGUAACCUGGAGAUGGGGAGCAUCCGAAGACUGAACCUACCACAUAUGGUUUUCAACUUAUCCUUCUGAAGAAAUAUGAAGUUCCACGUUCAGUCAGUACAGUCAUUUCAUAACAAUAGCAGAGAAAGAAGAGCUAAUAUUUCAUCUACAAGAAAGAAUUUACAAUACACACUUGCUGUCAGGAUUAUGCAUACUUACAACAUAUACAAACAAGAAGAGACUAACAUGUAUCUUUAUUAAGCAAAGUUAAACCCUGCCGUCAGUAAUUGAUAAGGAGACUAAGUCCCAGGACUUGGAUAAAUAUACAUCCUUGAGCUUAUAUAAUAGUGAUGCAAUGGCUCCUCAUUAAAAAUAGAUAAUAUAAACUGAGCUAUUCGUGCAUUUUAUAUCAUUGUAAAUCCUUUCAAGUAGUGCCAUGCUUUUGGUUUUUUGCUUAUAAGUACUUUGAUGUAUGUUUUUAAAAUGCAGACAUUCACAGCACUGCUUCACGAAAAUUCUGGGUUAAAAUUCAUCCUUUAGUUGAAGCCACUGAAGCCUUCCCUUUGUUUCCCUCCACUUCACAAAAGAUGGGGCAGGUGGCAGCAAAUAAAACCAUGUGUUUUAGGUAGUCUUGUUUUGCCCUAUCUCAUGUCAUAGGUCCCAAAUAGCUUCCCUCCCACAUGCUACUAUACCAGACCAUUGUUUCUUAACUAUUACCAAUUUAGUAUGUAUUAGAAACAAACAUUUAACAUUUUUCUCGUUUAAAUAAAAAGUCCUCUUCUGAGUUCCUUUUGGCUGCAUACUUUAGAUGUUUGCUAGUAGCGUUCUGUUGUCUGUGGGUCAGAGCUGGCACAUACAGAGUCCCAGUUCUUGGCUACAACGCAAAAUGUAUUGGCAUCAGGUUUGCAAGCUGCAAACCCCGGCACGGAAAUCAAGAUGCGCUGGUUUGUGUCCAGUCAACUGUAUGUACAGAGCUGUUCUAACAGAAAGCAGGCAAGGCUGCUGAUACAGGACGUAGUCCUUCUGAAGAAAGAAAAGGAGGAAACACAAAAACCUCAGUGCAGUGUGCAAAUCAACAUUUUGUUCAACUACCUCUGAAAGUGGAAUUAGCUGGUUUAAUAGUUUCCUUACGGUGACCUGAGAUAGCAACUGCCAAACUUACGUUCCCACCCCACUUCAAAGUCUCCACGAUUAUUUUAUAUUUUAUAUAGUUUUGAGGUCUUUCCGCUACGUUUUUACUCUUGCAUUUGCAUAAGAUGUCUAGCCUCAGUGGAAGGCAAAUGACAGCUGUAUAUUUUGAUAUUCGUGACCUGCUUAACUCUAGCAGUUUUUAAUGCACUUUGGCUAUGAAAAAUCACAGGUAACUUAUCUGAUUUAAAUGUGCCAUCAAUUUAGUAUUCCUAUACAUAAGCUUGAUGAAUGAUCUAUCAUUACAGUGUGCCACAUGCUGCCGCGUCUUAAUUGCCCUUUGCCUGAAUUUUAAUGAUCAAAUUGUUCUCGUUGCACAUGUGAAUACUGUGUAUAAACUUUCUGAAUUUAUGUAAGAUUGUAUAAAAUAGAAUUGAAAAACCACUGUGUCUGUGAGAAGUAAUGAACUUACUGUAACAUGGUCCAGCCACAAGUCUGACAUUCUGUGCUUCUCUGAACUGGGUGGGUCAUAUAUCCAUAGCCUUUGUACAGACUUUUGCAUGAGUAUUUUCUCCUUUAAGUUUUGGGGUUCAUUUUAUUGUUUAUACUUGUGAUCAUGUAGUUGUGCCUUAUUUUCUGAAAGAGUUUGGCUCAGUCAAUACUGUAAUUUCUAAUCCCAGUGAUUAGAAAGUUCCUGCUUACAACUGGCAUAUUACGAGACAGUGUUUAGGUCUAUGUAAAGUGGAAGGACCCUUGCCACGUGGUUUAAUAUGUCAAAGAUGAUAUUAAAGACCAUUUCUUUCCAGUAA